CCUCUCAUUCUGAGGCUCUUUAGGCCUCUCUGAUUUCUGAGGCUCUCUUCCUCUCACCCACCAAAAAAACACAAAAAACAAUCACCCCCAAAAUUUUUGCACACCCCAACUACGAUGCAGCACACAACCAAAAAAACUUUUUCCGACUAAAAAAUAAUGGCCGCAACCCGGGUUUUCUAUCACCGGCCGCACCACCUCCUCUUCUCCUCCAUCAUUUUCUUUGUCCUCCCUUGUAUAGCAUACUCGCUAGCCGAACCCGAAGCCUUGCUCAAGCUCAAAGAAUCCUUUAAAAAUGCGGAGGCACUCAAUUCUUGGACCCCCGACACUGCGCCCUGUGCCCGAAACACACAAUGGGCAGGACUUAUUUGCGCCGAUGGCAUCGUCAUAGGGCUUCGUCUCGGGGGAAUGGGUUUAGCCGGGGAAAUUGACACGAAGGUCCUCGCUGAAAUCAAGGGCCUUCGCACCAUGAGUUUCGCGAACAAUAAUUUUUCGGGGCCAAUGCCCGAGUUCAACACCUUGGGUCCUGUGAAGGGUCUUUACUUGUCGGGCAACCAAUUUACAGGGGAGAUUCCGUCCAAUUUUUUUGUCAAGAUGGAGUCUCUGAGGAAGCUGUGGCUUUCUAAUAACAAAUUCACUGGCAACAUCCCCUCUUCGUUGGGCACGAUUCCCAAUCUUCUCGAGCUGCACCUCGAAGACAAUGGAUUUAGUGGGAGCAUUCCGGUGAUCAAUCAAUCAACGUUGGUGUCGCUCAACAUGUCCAACAACAAAUUGGAGGGGGAAGUUCCUGCCAGCAUGUCGAAAUUCGAAGCGUCGUCGUUUGCUGGGAAUGCUGGCCUCUGUGGAGGGAACUUGGGCAAGGAAUGUGCAAAGCCAGAGCCUCCACCUGCAGCAUCAACAACCUUUAAUGACAACAACAACAACAACAACAACAACAACAACAACAAUGGUGGAAAUGGUUCGAAUUCAAAAGGCAACGGGGGAAACUCCAAAGUUGUUGUGGCAGUGUCAGUAGCUUCGGCGGUGGUGCUGGUUGCUCUCAUCGUCCUGUUUUUCGUGAAGUCGAGGCGGAAGGGGGAGGAGGAAGAUUUCGACAUGCCCGGGAAAGAGAACAUAGAGAAAGCGGAUCAUCCGGACUCGGUUGAGCUGAAUGUGUCGGAGAUAAAACAAAAGGAAGUGGUGGUGGACCGCCCCUCAAGCUCGAAAAGGACGGGAAACAGCUCGAGAAAGGGGUCCAACAAUGGCAAGGGAGGCGGAGGAAUGGCGGAGCUUGUGAUGUUGAAUGAGGAGAAAGGUGUUUUUGGGCUGCCAGAUUUGAUGAAGGCCGCCGCUGAAGUGCUUGGAAAUGGGGGCUUGGGGUCAUCUUACAAGGCGGUCAUGGCGAACGGGUUCGCGGUAGUGGUGAAGAGAAUGCGGGAGAUGAAUGGCAUGGGAAAAGAUGGGUUUGAUGCAGAGAUGAGAAGGUUUGGAAGUCUACGCCAUUGGAACAUCUUGACACCUUUGGCAUACCACUACAGGAAAGAUGAGAAGCUCUUGAUCUAUGAGUACAUUCCCAAGAGUAGUUUGCUUUAUAUAUUACAUGGUGAUCGGGGACAGUCCCAUGAUGAACUUGAUUGGCCUGCCAGGCUAAAGAUUAUUCAAGGCACAGCAAAAGGGCUGGCUUAUAUUCACACAGAAUUUGCAUCCUGUGAUGUGCCCCAUGGCAAUCUCAAAUCAAGCAACAUACUACUUGGCCCUGACUAUGAGCCAUUGCUCUCAGACUUUGCAUUUGGGCCUUUGAUCAACACUGCAAAUAUAUCACAAGCGCUAUUUGCGUACAAAGCCCCAGAAGCUGCAGAACAUGGCCGAGUCUCUCCCAAAUGUGAUGUGUAUUGUCUAGGGAUCAUAAUUCUUGAAAUCCUGACAGGAAAAUUCCCUUCUCAAUACCUCAACAAUGGGAAAGGAGGGCUUGAUGUGAUCCAAUGGGUUCGAUCAGCGAUCUCUGAAGGGAGAGAAUCCGAAUUGUUAGACCCCGAAAUUUCGAGCACGAAGGGUUCACUUGGUGACAUGGAGAAGCUCUUACACAUUGGGGCAGCCUGUACUGAGAGCAAUCCAAAUCAACGAUUAGAUAUGAGGGAGGCUGUUACAAGGAUAGAGCAGGUACAAGGUUUGGGAAGUGACUCUGUGCCACACACAAGGCAUGCUCCAACUUUGAGAGAAGGGGUUGGAGAGCUCCCCGGGGAGACGAGGCUCGAAUCAAACGCCAUCGGAAAUAGAUCAGGGCGCCUUGAUGGAGACAAUGACGCUGCCUUUUCCAUAUCUUAAUUAGCGAUCGAGUUAUGUUAGACAAAGGCAAAAUGAUAGAUGGUGUGACCUCAAAAGAAAACUUGAGCUUCAAGGAAGUGAGUCAGAGUCAGAGUCAAAGUCAGAGAGACCUCCACAAUGGUUUUUCUGGGGCAUUAUUGUACAAGUCUUGGGCAAGAUAGAAAAGAAAAGACAGAAGGAAGAUAUACAGCAAUGCAUGUGUUAAAAGUAUAAAUAUACAAACAUUAACACAUUCAA